CAAUAAUGGAACUCCAAUAGCUGCGUUGCCUGGUGUCGUCUUGCGGAGCGACCGUCUCGUUAGCAGUUGAAGGCAAAAAGGCACUUAACAGCUCGAGCUGUACGUAUUCUGGCGCCUUAAAGCAAUCAGGCAAUGUUGCAUGAACUUAUUCAGUUCAGACCGGCCGAUAAGUAUGGUGGCGGCCAGUUUAGCCUCUUCGCCAAGGGACCGAUACCCGCCGGCACCGCGGUAUGGUGGCUGUCUCCCGCUGAGGACCCUCAGCUGCGCUGCUACACGCGGCGGCAGAUCUUAGAGCACCCUCAACGCGAGCUGUUGAGCCGCUUCAGCUACAUGGUGGGCCAUGACGCCCAUGGCAGCACCCUGCAGCCCGAGGAGGACCCCGCUUGGUUCUUCAACCACUCCUGCGACGGCAACUGCUGGUACGACGGCGACGACAAGGUGGUUACCAAACGGGAUGUGGCAGCCGGGGAGGAGAUCACCUACGACUAUGCGCUCACAGAGACCGAGGCCUCGCUGCACGCCGGCAUGCGCUGUCUGUGCGGUGCAGCCACCUGCCGCGGGCUGCUCGUGUUUGAUGGGUACCGUGACCCGCUGUUCAUGCACGACAACGCGGGCCACACCAGCUCCUACAUCGCCCGCAAGGCCCGGGAGGUGGGCUGGCACCACCCCGCCGUCUACCCCGCCCGCAGGGAUGCAGGCAGCCACUGCAACAACAACAACAACAACAACACCGGCAGCACCCAUGGCAGCACCACCACCAACAGCGGCGACAACACCGCCAGCCUGUGCAGCGCCAAUGGCACCAGUAGCACCAGCAGUGACACCAGCACCAGUAGCAACCCCACCACCCUCACCACAACCGCCAGCACCCCCAGCAGUGACAGCAGCGGCAGCAGUGACAGCAUGGGACUGUUCACGCUGCAGUCGGUGUCCAAGAGCGAAGUGUUGCUGUACUUUGGCGGCAAGGUGGUGGACCGGCGCCAGCUGCUGGCCGUGCAGCGGCUGGCGCCCACCCUGCACUUCGUUCAGGUGGCGCCGGCGCUGUGGAUGGUGCCCACGCAGGAGGGCUCCGAAACCCCGGACUACAUCAACCACAGCUGCGACCCGAACUGUGGCAUGCUGGACUCGGUGACAGUGGUCGCCAUGCGGGACAUCGGGGCGGGUGAGGAGCUCAGCAUCGACUACGGGACUGUGAUGGAUGAGAGCAUUGAGAGCACCGGUCUGGAGACCUUCGACUGCUGCUGCGGAGCGGCCUGCUGCAGGCGCCGCGUCACACCACGGGACUACAUGAGGCAGGACGUGAGGGACAGGUGCCAGGAUUACUUCCCUCCCUUCAUGCGGGCCAAGCUGGCGGCGACGACAAUGUGAGGUGUCGUUGGCCGUAAGAAAUGCAACAUAGCCCGUACGGCAAUGCGUACUACGCAUGGCGUGCUGCUGUUCUGCAGUCCCCCCCCCACCUUGCUUCCGAUCGACACAACGGCCUUCUGGUGAAUCGUACGGGCAGUGAUGCUCAACGGAAAAUAGCAGCGAACAUAGCACCGAACAUAACAAUAUUUCGUGCACUUGUGCAAAUGACGUACAUGACCGUUAGUAUGUUGCAGGGCGUUUUCAUGGCUGCAAAGGAAAGAGGCGCUGCUAAGGGGCCACAGGGGCGAUUCGAGCGUUCAUGUGAUUGGGAAGAAGGCCGGGUUCCUGCUGAUCGGGACCGGAAGCUCGCCUCAUUGGGUGAUGGGGUGAAACAAGGAGCUCGGUUAGCGGCCGAUGGACGCCAAGACGAGCUUAAAUCUUAGGUGCAGAAAGGAAUUGCACGAAUGAGCCGUACAUAUUUGGCAUGGUAUAUUCUGUACGAUGGUACGACAUGAAUGUCGUAUAAUUUAUGAUGAGUGUGCUUCCUUCAAUCCCCUGAAUGAUAUGA